CUGCUUCCUGUUAUACGAGCACCUGUUUCUGUCUCUGUCUGCCGGCACGCUUGCGCUUAACUUCGUCCGCGACUUUUUUUUUGUGUGUUCGCUGUUAAAUUGUUGAAAUAAAGAGCCAAUUGUUUAUAAAAUAGGUUCAUUUCAAAGUGGGUGACUGUAGAUAAAUGGAAGCUAACGAAUAAAUACAGGAAUCUAGUUCUUUAUGAAUAUUUUACAAGGAAAAUUUUGCACAUGCAACUUUUAGCAAAAAUCUUUGCUGUGUGUGUGUGUGUAAAAAAAAAAACAUUACAAGUUUUUUCACUUUAAAAUUCCAAAGAACUUUAUAAUCAAAAACAAACUUCGCUUUAACUGGGAUUAAGUUUUGAAACAUUUGCACAUAUGUACAUAUGUAUGUAUUUAUAUAGAAAGUGAAUAUUUUUAUUGCCAUAUGUGUUAAAUGUAAAAGCAAAGGGUGCUCUGCUAAUAUACAUUUAUUUAUAUAAAGGCAUAUCGCCUUUUGCUUAUAAACAAAAAGUACAGCCCAGAAGUGUUUUGAUAUCCGAUCUGGUUACUCCAGAAGUUAGCUUUCCUAAGGGGGAAUUUGAUUUCUUUCCAUUUAGUGUGCCUUGGGAUACAGCUAGGGAUAGAGGGUGUGUUGUCGGCUCUAUAAAAAUAAUUUAUUUUAUUUUUUCUCGAGAAAUUUGACAUAAGCAUAUCGUUUGCAAACAUUUUGUAUAAAUUGUUCGUUUCUGUGUUCGCGAUCUAAAGAUGUCGGAGAACAACAAACCAAUGAUGUCUGAGCAGAACAGUGAGAACAAUGAGAAAGUUCCAGUGGACGACAUAAAUGCAGAUGAGCUGCUGGCCACCACUCAGGCCAAUAUAUCGGAUGAACUGGCCAAGAAAAUCUGGAGUGUGACGUCCGGCGAUGUUGCCCUGGGAAUACGUAAGUUUCCGGGUGAAAAGCUGCCCUAUGUACCCUCAGAUUUGGAAUCAAUUCUGAGACCUGAGCCGGUAACUGGAGGCGAGAAUGGCGGAAAUGGAAUUGGAAGUAAGAUACAUGCGAAUGAUAAUGCCACCGCUCAUAUACUCGAGGUGGGGAGGGCACUGUACGGAGACCCCUACGGUUUUCCGGAAAUUGACACUCCGAACUAUUAUAAGGCUGCCGAGAAUUAUUCCCUCUUUGGGGACUAUUUUCUCGACUUUCCCAAGGACACGGCUACUUGUUUUGCAGAUCUGGAUCAAGCAACGAAUGGGGAUUCGCAUACGCCACCAGGACUCGAGAAGAUUGGGCUACCCGUGGAUAGGAACCAAGUGCAGACGAAUGGAGGAGUUGCAGCAACAGCAACAGCCUCGGGAUCUCAAUAUCCUGGGCCAACCUGCUCCACGGCUUUGCCACAGCAGCAACAGCAACAGCAGCAGCAGCAGCAGCAGCAGCAGAGGCAGGCAACGCGACCUGUGCAACAUAGCCAGGCAGGCAAUGAGAUGACCAUUCCUCAGAUGUAUCAAUUCAAUCAGUUGGGACCACAUCCGCAUCAUCCAUCCUGUCCACACAUGCAUGGAUCCCAUGUCCAUCCACCACAGUCACCGGUGGGUUCAGCCGCUCACUCCGCCAUGGCGGCAGCCUUGCAGCAUCAGAAGCAACAUCGUCCCGGUGGUGCUCUCCUGAGUGGCGCCGAAAUGGGAGGCGUAGGACUCUGUGGACACAAUCAUGUCCAUUACCAUGGUCAUAAUCAUAACCAUGCCCAUGCCCAUGCCCAUGCUCCUGCCAAUGAGUUGAACUUGUCGCAGUUGUACCAACAGCUUAUGGCACGCAACAUGCGCCCAAAUCCGUUGCAAACUCAUCAGCAUAUGGCACAGAACCAGCAUCAGCAUCAGCAUCAUCACCAUCAUACAACCACCUGUGCUGCUGCUGCAGCUGCCAUGAUUUAUGCCAAUUUUGAGCAACAAAUCCGUCAGUUUCAGUUGCAACAGCAACAGCAGCAGCAGCAGCAGCAACGUCAUGCUCGCAUACCGCGUGGCAUUUACGGUGGGAAUGGACAGGGAGUGCCCGGUGUCCUGCCAGGAUCAGGAGCAGGAACCACUUCUCCAACUGGCAAGGAACCCCCAACAACUGGUCACCAAUAAGGUCAGUUAUAGGGGGCCAAAUCAAGAGAAAAAAAAACUCCAAAUCAAACUGAUUUUAUAUACAUUUUAUAUUUUAACAAAAUUUUAAUCUGUAAUUGAUGAAAUUACUAAAAACGAAUCUUCUAUUUUCGGUCCAA